AUGCCCUACUGGAAAUGGGUGGCGGAGUUGUAUCACGAAGGGAUGGUUCGCACGUACGGUGGCCUGGCUGCUGUGAAUCGCGAGUUUAUGCCUCUAGGUGUCGUUAAGACACUACGGGAGGGUAAAUUCAGAUGGCAGAGCUGA